AUGCCAAUCCCUUUGGAUCCUUGGGAUCAGUCGAUGAGGUGGCAGCAUGGUUGGAAGUUUUUCAGUCCGAGACUCCCUUCGGUGAACCUGGAGUUCUUGUACCUUGGCCAGAAGAGGACGAUGACCAAUUGGGUCAUGGUGGAUGGGUGGCCUAUUCUCGCCGACAGGUUUGCCAUAUCACCGCCAAAGCCUUUUUUGGGCUCCAAGACGCCCGGAUACCAAAGUGGACUUCGGAGGUUGAUGAAGAUGUGCAAAACGACCGGCGACUUCCGGAAGGCCUUCGCAAGUCUUCUGGCGGCCUGCUAUGCCGAUCCCACCUUGGCGAAUGGUGGCCAAGGUCCAAUCCUCUUGGCCGCAAAGGCCAAGGUGGCCCCAUCAGUGGAGGCGGUUCGGGAGAAGGCCAAGGGUGAAGCUGUUCCAUUGACCAGUGCUGGUCUUCGGGUCUGUGAUUACGAUACUGGAGCAGUUGCAGGUGCUUAUGAACACCUGGAGACAGUGCCGACCUCUGGAUGCCAGGCCCGUCCCCAGGAUGCUGUUGGAGUGGAUUUCAUGACUGGUGGUCUAGCAGGCCAGGCGACCCAGGACAUUUCAGCAUCUUGGUUUGGUGGCUACCUUUUUGAUGCUGGAGCCUGUGGUCUGGGUGGUGGUCAGGACGAGCGCUUGUCCGUUUACUUCCCGGAGGUCACCGUUUUGGCGUACUUCCUCUCGGAAAGCCAUCCAUUUCCCCAAGUCCGGCAGCCUUUGUGGAUCCUGGGAGCGAGGAACUUCUUCAAGACCCUAGAUGGCACUGCAAGGUUUGACUCGCCCAUGGAACUAGCGGAUGUCCCUUUGGACAAUGAUCUUGUGGAGGUUCCACUAGCAGGUGCCAAUGUCAAGAUCAGCUCUUCAAGGCCAUUUGUCGUCUUCAUGAGCGAGAGUCAAGGCUUUUUUGAUGAGACCAUGCCAAACCUUCACCUGGCUCGUACGAAUCGAUUACCUGCACAAAGAGAUAUGGGCCAGGGAAAGGCGUCCUUUGAGAAGCAGGUGCGCGCAUGGUACAGGUCAUUGGCACUAACUUCUUACGAUGAGGACGUGCAGCCCGCCUUGAAAGCAUUGGUCUCUUCUGUGGGUGCUGGACCAUGGCUGGCAGGGCUAUGGUGGGGCGACUCACAACUGGGAUUUCUGGCUGUAUGGUUGGGCCAGGCGUUGGCUGCAACUACUUGGGGCACUCUACCUUUGGACUACUACGUUUACUCCGACUUCACUGAGAAUCCUGGCAACCAAUGCUACAUCCUUCCUGGUGCAGCCUGCCAAGAAUGUCUUCGUCGAUGCGCAGAUCCUGACCCACCAGCAAGUGCGUAUUGGAUGCCGGACAAUGCUUAUUUCAACUGGCGUCCCUGUGUCCCAGACGCAAGCAUUUGCGGGGCCAAGGGUAUUUCAGACAUAGUUGCCGCCUAUGGAUCAAGGACUGUUUGGAUGAAUUCGCUUGUUCUUGUGAGGCUCAGUGCAUUUGCGUCGAGAUCAUUUGCGUCGUUCUAGUGCUUAUCCUUUGUUUAUUGCCUUAGAUGAUAUUUAAACAGGGAUUUCAUACACUCAGGAAGGGGUGUUGUGACUGCUACAAAUUAAGACAUGGGCAUGCUAUGUGUCAAAAAACAAAAGCAUUGUAGUAUAUAAUUAAGUGCGAAUUGCAUUGAAAUCAGAUGGAUUUUAUGAGGCAAUAGCAGAACACUGGAGGGCUCGCAAGACAUUCCUGAUGCCAGGAGCGUUAUUGACUUGUGGGAG